AUGGCGGUACAGAAGCCGGAGGAGGAGCAUCCCGCCGGAGCUCCUUUGAGCUCCAAAGACGUGGAGGAGACCAAGGACAUGGACCGUUCCACUUCCGAUGAGGAAGAUGCCACCGACGAUGCAUCCAAAACCAAGAUCGAAGAGUUGACGGACGACUGGGUGGAGGACCACAUGAAGGACGUCACAGUGGCCGUGAUUGGGAACGUGGACAGUGGGAAGUCCACCCUGGUGGGUGUGCUCACCAAGGGCGGCCUGGAUGAUGGCCGCGGCUUGGCUCGGGCCAAGGUCUUCAACUUUUCCCAUGAAGCCGCCAAUGGACGUACGAGCAGCAUCGCGCAGGAGAUUAUGGGCUUCAAUUCCGGUGGCGAUCAGGUGCUGAUUGAGCGCAUGGCCAACACCACGGCCAACUCGAGGAACACCACCUGGCAGCAGGUGAUGGAGAAGUCGGAGCGGCUGGUCACCUUCAGUGACCUCUGUGGCCAUGAGAAGUACCUGAAGACCACGAUCUUCGGACUGGUGGGGCAGUGCCCAGACUAUACCAUGAUCAUCGUGAACGCCAACGCUGGCUUCCAGCGCAUGUCCCGGGAGCACCUGGGCAUUGCGCUGGCCUUGCGAAUACCCUUCUUUAUCGUCGUCACCAAGAUCGACAUCGCGCCACAGAACGUCUAUGAGGAGAACCUCAUGCAGCUCCACAAGAUUGUGAGGUCCAAUGCCGUGAAGCGGCAGCCGCUGGUGGUCAAGGAGCCGGAGGAGCUGGAAGGCGCGGCGCGCGGCAUCUACCAGAAGGAGGUGUGUCCCAUCUUCUGCAUCUCCAGCGUCACGGGAGAAGGCCUCCCCUUGCUUCGCAACUUUCUACGGUGUUUGCCCUCGAGGCUGCAGGACAGUGGCCUCUUUAGACCGCCCAGCAGCCCAGCGGAGUUCCACAUCGACUCCAUCUAUGUGGUGCCAGGUGUUGGACUCGUUGUGGGUGGAGUGGUCCGUGGGGGAGCCCAGCGACUUCGGACACGCGAGCUGAACUGGACCUUUUCCCGAGUCCGUGCCGAGCCGCUGGAGUUGGAUUUCUAUACCAACAACUACUGGAUUUGGGGUGGCACCACUGUGAUCCUGGCGGGCUUUGCCCUGGCACAACUCACCAGAGAGAUCCCCGAGGGCACGCAUCCUGUGCUAGAGUAUAGCUAUUUGGCCUUCACUACACUCUGCUUGAGUCUGGAUCUCUGCAUCGUCACCUGGACGGUGCUGGUUUGCACCUGGGGCCCUGGAAAUGCGUUGCGUGGGCCGGACGGUAUGAGCUCCUUCCAUGACACGGUGACCCUCUUGAAGGAUGAGCAAAUGUCGAUCUACUAUGCCUUUGUCGUGAGCAUCGUGGCUUACUUCGGCUCCUCCUGCUGUCUGUUGUGGGUUUACCCCUCAGGGUAUGUGACCAACACUGUGGGCACGGCCGUGCUGUUGCUGUCGCUCAUGAUCCUGUUGCGCUUCCUGCUGCGCUUGGAACAACAGGUGGGCACGGUGGGCAAUUCCCACGACGACGAUGGGCGCAUCCAAAAUCUCCGGCCCUUUGAGCACGUGGGGGAUCUGGAUGAGCGUGCGGCAGCCGAAUAA